UUCGCGUUGUGUUGUUGAUUGUUGUUUUGACAAAGUAAGGAAUUGUUUAAAAAAUUACAUGGCUUUUUCGAAAAGUACGGCUUUACGAUGGAAUAACGAGUGCGUUUCGAUAUUAGUUUUUACUUAAACGCGCAGACUAUUAACUACACAAUGACAUUUUCCUUAAAUCAUUUAUAUUUCUGUUUGAAAAAUCGUUUUAAAAUGUUUUAGUGUUCUCCGAGAAAUCGAGUGUAUUUUUUUUUUUUUGCUUCGAACUAUCCAGCAAAAUGAUUACUGCUCCGAAUUAAAACGGUUUCGAAUACCGUAAGUGCUUUCAUAACCUAACCUCAAUCGCUUUUGCUGUUACAUUAAAAUGCAAUGUAUCGAAUCGUUCGUUAGAGUAAUAUUUUAGACGCAGAAGUCAUUCAGUUCGUAAUUAGGUUGAUUUUUUCCGUUCGGAUUAUUUUAUUAGUAGAAAUGAUCGAGUUUAAAGUCAUUAACCAAUUCAAAUUUGGUCGCAUCGUCUCCGCCGAAUGCCGAGCAUCGUAAACAAUGAUCAAAACAUAGGGCCGAGUUUACACGAAAAUGUCCGAGGAUUUUCGCCAUGAAAGUAGCUCGAAAUUGUUGUCGAAAUGUACGAAUUCCGUUGAAUAUUUCAAUGAAAUCAACGUAGAAAACGAAUCGAGCGAAGAAGAGAUUAACGUAGUCGAUCAUAUGUACGCCACAAAUAUAAAUAUUCAAAAUGGAGACGUGAACGAUUUACCAGAAGAAAAUCCGCCAAUCAACUGUCAAACUGCCGAAAGUGAGGUUAAGCUAAUCAAAGAGUGGUUGAUUUUGCACACAGAUUUAAUUCAACAACAAAACGAUGAUAUUCUCGACAAAGACAGGGAAAUCUACGUACUACGCAAGGAAAAUGAAAUGCUCAAAGAGAAGAUAAACUGCAUAGAAAAGGGCAUUCCGUUCCAAUUGGAAAAGAACCAGCCAAUCGAAGAAGAGCCAACUGUUGAAGAUAUGACCCAGGGGUCCUUUAAGGAAGAAGUGCAGGAAGAUAACCAAAUCGUUGAAGGGAAAUAUGUCGAACCAUCACUCGUACAAUUGAACUACAAAGACGAAAAAUACAAUAAUAUUAGUGCUAGUGAAUCUCAAGUGAGCGACAGUGAAAAAAAUUUUGUCGAACCAAUUGUAAAUAGUUUGAUCAAAUUGAAACGCGAAGAGUGCCCUCUUUUAGAUAAUUCGGAGGCAGAUUGGAAAUCCAAAAGUGACAUUCUAAGUGAUAAUCUACCCAUCAGCGAGUACAGUUUUAGCGUAAACAAUAUUAGCGAAUUAGAUCCCAUGAAAAAUUUGAGGAUGAGCAUCAGAAGGAAGAGGGUCAAAAGUAGCUCGUCCGGUUUGUCUCAUAGCGAAUCUCUUAAUCUCGAAGAUAAAGAAACUUAUAGAAGGCGAUUUAAGAAGAAAAAACGCAGACUGACCAAAGAUGCCAAUAUUUUAACAUCUGUAGAUGCAUACUUGACCCAGUCGCAUGAAGUUAAUUUAGGAAUACCUAAUAAUGAAAUUGAUAUCGCAGAAUGUUUGGCUUCCACAUUAGAGGUACCAAGGUGGCGUCAUAAAAUCUAUGCCAGUUGUUACACGAUGGAAGGUACGGAAAAUUUAGACGAUGAGGUAUUUAACAAAAGGCACAUGAGGUUGGAAAUAGACGAGAGAAGACGGAAAAGGUGGGACGUUCAACGAAUUCGCGAACAGAGAUUGAUAGAAAAGUUAAAGCAACGUCAAGAAAAAGUCGGUUUGGGUUCGAAAAGCGACGGUCGCGAACCGAUCAAUUCGCUUUGGCCGAAAUUAGAAGAUGUCAAAUAUCUAGAAGUCGUCGAUGAUUUACCCGUGGCAGCUUUCGGAUGUCCCAUUACCAAAUUCAAUCCUAGCGAAUUCGAAGUACCGUGGAUGAACAAUCCGUCGGUUUUGAACAAAAAAGCGCAUUCUCGAAAAUCGAAGGUCCGAAGGCGAAGUUCAAAGAGAUGAAAUUUAUUUUUAGCUUAAUCAAAUCGUACCUGGAGUUCGUCUGACGUGAUGAAAUGAUCGAUAAAUCAAUCGUAACAAUUUAAAGCGAUGUGUUUGUGUAUAUAUAGUUUAUAAGGUAGAAUCAUAAUUUUUUUUGUCUCAUUGUUGCUAUGUUUUAGAAAUGAAUGAAUGCUCCUUUUGAAUAUGACUUAGCUAAGCGAUACCGAUAUCUUAUAAGUGUUUAGGUUUUAAAGAUAUGAAAUGAAUCCUUUGCGCUGGCGCAUUUUGUCAUAUUAAUUUUGUACAUUAUAUUAAAUCAUAUUUUAAUAAUUCAAUUUUUAAACCUGACGCUUUACACGUAUUUUACUUAUUCAUUUCUUUUAUCUAUUUGUAUAAAAAAACGUUUUUCAGUUUUUAUCUAUUAUCCCAGUGCAAAGGAUUUUAUGUAUACA